AUAACGACGGCUGGCAGUUAAAGAUGAAAACAUUUGUGUGGAGGCUUGUUGUAAAUGUUGUUGUUGUUGUUUUCCAGCCAGACAUGUCCUGAUCCUUCUCUCUCUCUGAUUUUCCUGCAGAUAUUUAAUAAACAGCCAUUUGACAAAGAUGUGGACUAUUUCGCGUUGGGGGUCACAUUAUUUGAGGCAGCCUUUGGGACUUAUCCAUUCGACAAAAACAAUCCUCGAGGUUCCAUAUCCUGUGAAUCACCAUAUUACCCCGUCGGUGCCGAAUGUGUCUUAGUGGACUUUCUGAACAAGCUCCUAUGCAAAGACCAGAAAAAACGCAAGGCAUAUAUUGCUAAUAUACGGAAGCACCGACUUUUCAGAGGAAUAAAUUGGGAACAGCUGGAGGCAGGGGAGACGCCCGCCCCAUUUUCUGCAUGUCGGAAGAACCUCGUAGAAGAAAUGACGAAGACGACAAUCGAUCUGUAUGGGGGUCUGAACUAUAAUUGUUUUGGUGAGAGGGAACAGGCAUUGUUCCUGGGCUUUUCAUUUAUCAGCGAUGAAUGGAAAGCCAUACAGAAACUGAAGACCAAAAACACCAGAUAAAAGAAGAAUCUAAACUGAAGACGAUACAAGUUUUAGCUUAUGAAAACCGUACACAAAACGUGUCACAAAAAUGUGGGAGGCCAGGCUGGACCUGUAAGGGAAUGGAGACCGAGUCUUUAAGGGAACUAGGCCGAGUCUACAAGAGGGUCAGGAAUACAGAUUGCUGGGUUGUGGAAGGAUUCUGCAGGGAAGCAGGGAUGAUAGGAUAAGUCUGCCAGAGGGAAGAGAGAAGUCUUUUAGGGAAAUGUCUGGGGGGACACUUCCCUUAUCUCUUGCCGGGGAAAGUCU